AAACACGUAAUUCAACAUUACUAGCUUACUACUAGCGAUCGGAAGCUUGUGACAAAUUCGAAUCGAAUUAGCCUAUACAAAAGCUAGUACGCUCCCACCACAAAAAGAUUUAAGAUCCGCCUUUUUUACAGCCAAAUACUGCGCCUACCCCAUCCAAUCCUUUGCCCACCAUACAUCGCCAACCUACUCGCGGUCCGUUCGAUCCGCUACAUUAUAUCCAACAAAAGAUGCUGGAACAACGACAACAUCAUAAAAUGUAUAUGAACAGGCAUUACAAGAAACUAAUCUUUUCGUCCUUGUUCCUAAUAGCGUUACUCUCAUCGGUUGUCUACAUUCUACAGCCAAAACCAUUUACUCCCCCAGAUAUACAAAUCCUUGACUAUCCUGAUGAACAAGACCAAGGAAUAAACCAGAAAAUAGCAAAUGUAAUAACUGAUGUCAGAAUAUUGAAAUGUAAUAAUUACAAGUGUAAGGUCCCUGGUGGUUACCAACAAAUCCUCCCUCAAUUGAACUAUUACACUCAAAAGGUACUGAGGACGUCCAUGUACAGUUAUUAUGUCAUAGUGAAGAAGCAACCAAUCAAGUCGACAACCAGAGCAAUUGUUGACUUGGAUAUUGUUCCUCAGGACGAAGACUACGAAGAAGUUGCAGGGGGAACUAGUGAACUCAAACUAUACAAGAGAUCAAUAGUUAUAAAUAUGUCCAAACAAAUACCAAAAGAUUUACCAUUGGUUAGGUCAAUAGAAGCAUUAUUCGGAACCAACGACCUUGUUGAUUCUAGGGAACACCAUUCAACCCUUCAUUUGUCUAAUGACGAAUCUAUCCACCCAAUAUUGUCAGUAUUUAAACUUAGUCAGGAUAAAGAGAAAGACUUUUUUGAGAAAAAGAAAUCGGUUGACACUAUUAAAAAGCUGGAACUUGUAAAUAUCAG